AAACGUUUGAAAUCAGAGGAAACAUCUUGUAAUGGACAAGUUUGACGAGGAGACAGUGAAGGUGCCGUUUGGGGCAAAGCAUCUGGAUGCAGCUCUGUGUGUCCCUUUCUCAGUGAAAGACGUUCACACAGCCGUCAUACUCACACAUGGUGCUGGAGGAGACAUGAACUUCAAACACCUGGUCUCUCUGGCACACGCCUUAGCUUCCAGUGGCUUCCUCUGUCUCCGUUUCACAUGCAAAGGUUUAAACUUAGUUUACAGAGUGAAGGCUUACCACGCUGUGUGGGACUACUUGAAAUCACUGCAGAAGUUUACCCUCAAGCACAUAUUCGUUGGAGGCAGGUCCAUGGGAUGUCGUGCUGCCACAGCUUUAGCCAGGCAGCUGAGUGAUCAAACAGAGGAUGCAGUGCAGGGUGUCAUCUGCCUUUCUUUCCCACUGCACCCUCCAGGACAGACACACACCCAUCGCCAGCGGAGUGAAGACCUCAGGGGGCUGCCUGAACACAUGCCUGUGCUGUUUGUCUCAGGCACUGAGGACAAUAUGUGUGAUAGGGUCCUUUUUGAUGGGAUGGUAACAGAACUGAAAGCUCAAGCUGACGUUUUCUGGCUAAAAGGAGGCAGCCAUGGGCUGACAGUGAAGGGAAGGUCCGAAGAGUCUGUGCUGGAUGAAGUGAAUCUACAAGUCAUUAGCUGGAUGAAUAAACAUGCUGCAUAGAUUAAUUAAUGUCAUCUUUUUAAAAAUUAUAUUCUUUGUAAAUUUCUUGAAUAAAGCAUAUUUGUU